AUGCGGUUCGCUCUCCUUGCUAGCUUGGCCUCGAUGGUCGCCUCUGUCAGUGCCACUGCUCUGACCUACAGGCUCGAGGCCAAUGAGAAGGCAUGCUUCUUCACCAACAUUGAGCAGGCAAAUGCCAAGGUGGCAUUUUACUUUGCGGUCCAAUCCGGCGGCUCUUUCGAUGUUGACUAUACCGUGACCGCACCAGGCGGCAAGGUCGUCUUGGAUGGGACAAAAGAACGCCAGGGUGACUUUGUUUUCACCGCCCAGAGCACCGGCGAAUACCAAUUCUGUUUCAAUAACGAGAUGUCGACCUUUGCUGAGAAGAUGGUGGACUUUGAGAUUGCCGUUGAGAACGAGCAGCGCGCCGAGCUCCCCUCCCGCCAAGGCGCCAGUCCCGAGCAGACCUCCAACCUGGAGGAAUCUAUUUACAAGCUCUCCGCACAGCUAUCGACCAUCUCUCGUAACCAAAAGUACUUCCGCACUCGUGAGAACCGCAACUUCAGCACUGUCCGCAGUACCGAGCGUCGUAUCUUCAAUUUCAGCGUGAUUGAGAGCUUGAUGAUGGUCUCCAUGGCUGCUCUGCAGGUGUUUGUUGUGCGCUUCUUCUUCCAAGGCGCGCGCAAGGGUUACGUGUGA